GACAUUACACUCUCUAAGGCUGUGUCAAUCCGCGGAUCCAGAAUGUGUGAAAAAAUGGUACUGAGAUCGAUACUGGUGGCGGCGGCUGUGGUAUGCGUAGCCGCUCGUCCUGAACCACCAUCAUCAUACGGCCCUCCUUCCACAUCCUAUGGGGCUCCAUCGCGGUCUUAUGGUCCCCCAGCCCCACAAUAUGGUCCCCCACAACAGCCAAUAGUGCAUAAACAUGUAUACGUGCAUGUGCCACCGCCAGAUAACGAGAUCCCGGCACCUCCCAAGCAGAUCUAUGUUCCUCCUCCACAGAAACACUAUAAGAUAGUAUUCAUUAAAGCACCUACACCUCCAACACCGACCGCACCUGUUAUUCCUGUGCAACCUCAGAACGAAGAGAAAACUCUCGUGUAUGUGUUAGUUAAGAAACCAGAGGAACAGCCUGAAAUCGUCAUCCCGACGCCAGCGCCAACCCAACCUUCGAAGCCUGAAGUCUACUUCAUCAGAUACAAAACACAGAAACAAGAAGGGUACCCGGCGGCAGCACCCCCGAAACCUGAGUAUGGACCCCCUGCUUCGGCCCCCUCGUCAGAAUAUGGAGCUCCAUGAAUCUAAAUUGACAGACCUAAGUACCUAUAAACUGUAGCUCAAUGCCAUAACUGAUCAAUUUUUCC